UCAGCCAGUAAGAUCACGAGUAAAAAAGACUCUUCCACAAAAUAGAGUACAUUAUUUCCCACCUCUUAUGAACAUCUGUCAUUGUUGCUGAACUUGCUGCUUUUUAUGACAUGGCAUAUCAAUCACUUCCGGUUACAAGUUCCGAAAUCGUUUCCGGUUAAAAGUUAUAAGCCCCAAAGGUCUCUGGGAUUUAUAAGCAGUUUCGAAACUGAACAUAUUUCAAAACAAAGCACAGAAGGAAGUAUGUGCUGUUCAAAUUCCGCUGUAGCUCAAGUAUUUUGGGCAAAAUGAAAAAGAAAAAGUUUAAGUUUGACGUUGUCUUUGAACUGAGAGAGCUAACAAACGUUUCUCUCGCCAGUGGUCUCCUAUUUUCGAAACUCAGACUUCUAGAUGGCGGUAAAUUUACGGAAACCUGUUACAGGGUCGACGUCUCGAAUAAUCGUGUCAAAUGGCAACAGACCUUUAAUUUCUCCUGUAAAAUGACAGCCAAUACAAACACUGGCGUUCUUGAUCCAUGUUUUUGUCGUAUUUCAGUUCGUAAGGAAACCAAGGGUGGAAAAUCUUAUGAGAAACUUGGUUUUGUUGACAUAAACAUGGCAGAGUUUGCCGGGCAAAAUAAAAGAACGAGAAAAUAUUUAUUGGAAGGACACGAUGAAAAAUUAAAUCGUCAAGACAACUCCAUUUUAGAAGUCAGAAUCUCGAUGAUUUUAAGACAAGGCGAUCCAUUGUUCAAACUGCCAACUGUUCAAAAUCCUCACAGCACACUUGAGUUACCUAGUUCCAAAGGUGAGCCAUCUUGUGGGCAAGAGGAUGGCCGUGGUCUUCCUUCAAAUAACCCUGAUGAACAUGGUGCUGGUGCUGUAACAUCAGGGAGUGGUACACCAAGCUCACAAAGUUCACAUGCUUCUACAUCUCUUGAUGGUGAUGACCAAACUAUAACCAAGCUGGCCUUGGCUGAAGGGUCCAACAUUGUUACCGGGAAGGCCCUCGGUCAUCACCGUAGUGCUAGUGAGCCACCACUUACUAAGGAUGUUCUUCAAACUGGACAACUGUCUGAAGGAUAUGGUAGCAUGACCACACAAUCAACAUCAUCCUCUAGUGAUGCAGGAAGAAGAUUCAAUUCAAUUGAAAGAACUCCAAGUAAAUACCAACGUAGCAGAGUGGAUCCUGGGAAUGUUGUUGAGCAAAUUAUCAACAGUCAGGAAGAUGAGUCAUCACGGAGCAACAAUCAUGAUCAAAAUAACGUUGCCACUUUUGGCUUUGCUCAAGAUGGUAUGUCUGGACUCAUGAUUAGCGACUUUGGUUUGGAGUCAGAGGACAAGUACAGAACAUUGUGAAUGGUAAAGGCGAUCUUUUUUUUGCUAUUUAUGAAAGGUGAAACAGAACUUAUAUAUACGUUUAUAUGGCGGGUUUUUUAGUGCAUGUGUAAUUUAAUAACAUUAUACGAAAGGACUAAUUUUAUUCAUAUUCAAGUAUAAGUAUAUUUUGCAUGCUGUUAUUUUGAAGUACUUACGUACGACAUAACUGUCAUUGAUUAAGGAACUUGUCCGCUUGAUUACGGUGAGAAAAACCAACUUGAUGACGGCGAACCUUUAAAGGUGAAACUUUUCUUUUUGAAGUCAACUUUUUAUGUUGGCGGGUACCCCCAUGUUGCUGUUUGGUUUGGAUGUAAGGUUGUUUUUUCGCCCUAAAGGGUGGGUUGGUUUGAAAAGUAAAUAAUUCUUUAUUCGUCAUUUGGUUUUUUUACGUUUUGUGUGAACGGACAAGUUGCCUGCGAUUCUUCUACUCGAGCCCACUCGGUGAACACGUGACUGAUCAGCUGGCCUGACGUCAUCGUUACUAUUCUCUUGAUAUCGCCGCGCGAUUCAAGAGGUACCGGGUGAAAACAUCGUCAGAAGUUUCAAUGAGUGAUAGUAUUGACGGGAGUGUGUGAUUUAGUUUGUUUUAUAGUAUAAGUAAUGUGAUAUAGUAGCAUUAUUUUCUCUACAUGAUCAAGAAAUUUGAUUUUUAAUGAUAUAAACGAUAAAAUCCCUAAAGUUAAAGUAUAAUCACAUGGUAAAACUUAUUCUAACAAUCAGUCUUUUUUUGUUGUUA